AUGGCUCAAAGUUACAUCCACUUGAGAGUCAUCUUGCAUGGUGACUCAAAGCCAGAAGCGGAGGCCGCUAGACAACCUUGGGCGGGCUUGGGGGAGGGCGCGGGGGAGGGCGAGGCGGGGGGGAAGGAGGUCUUGGGGGUGGGGGGGGCCGGGGGGGACUUGGGGGCGGGCGCGGGGGAGGGCGAGGGGGUGGAGAAGGAGGCCUGGGGGGUGGGGGAGGGCGGGGGGGACUUGGGGGGGGGCGCGGGGGAGGGCGAGGGGGAGGGGACGGGGGCUUGGGGGGUGGUGGGUUCGGGGGAGGGUUCGGUGGGGGGCGGGGUGGGGGAGACGGGGGUUUGGGGGGCGGUGGUGAGGGGGGCUUUGGAGGGGGGUUCGGAGGAGGGCGAGGGGGAGGAGAAGGAGGGGGAGGAGGUUUCGGGGGAUUGGGGGGAGGGCGAGGGGGAGGAGAAGGGGGUUUCGGGGGGCUUGGAGGGGGGCGGGGGGGAGGAGAGGGAAGGAGAAGCAGGGGGGGAAGUAGCAGCGGCAGUGGUAGUUGAAGUGGCAGGGGCAGGGGCAGCAGCUGUGGCAGUGGGGGCAGCGGGGGAGGAGGAGAAGGAGGACCAGGCGUUGAAGGGCACGGGCAGCUGA